AUGUUCCUCAAAUGUGGUCCAGUAGACAAUCCGGCGAAGAUCGUGGGCAUACAGCUAUACCUGAUUGCGGAUGCGCCCGGCGAAUAUACUCGAUCGAUCUGGGAAAAUGGUCGAGUUAGCUGGGGGAGAAGCCAGCUUUUCGAUCUGCCGUCACGUCAUGAAGGAACACGACAUCGCACCAUCGUUAUACGCAUGUCCGGUUUCAAAUACGAUGAGGGUGACGUAAAACAGCCGGAAUUCUUGAGCGUCAUGUCGAUUUCUAGAGAUUGCGAGCUAGAUGAUGUUACAAACACUAUUGCUCGAUUCCGCCCCGAGGCCUUUGGACAGCAUGCUGCGGCUAUCGGCGAGGCUUUUAUAGAGGCGGUACCACAAGAAAAAGGGGAUCGCGUGCUGGUAAUCAUGCUGCGACUGCUGAAGGGCCCGUCUGCAGCCGCGGCAGUAACGGCAGCGAAAACGGUGGACGCUGACAUUGAGAUGCAAUUCGUGCAUAAGCAAGACGAGUAUGUACGGCUGCUGAUGGAAAAAUGCCUGCAGAAGUAUCGUCUCCGGCUAUCGGCUAAAAUGACCGAUGAGCUGAGCACUUCCGUGACUACGAUGCAGGCGAGUGCUCCGGUGACGGUGGAUAUUGACGAAAAGAACGAGGAAAUACAAUGGUGGAAAGAGGAACAACUGGCUUCCGAUAACGCUUUGCGGUAUUUGACGGCAGAGAGAAAUGACAUAGUGCGGCAGAUUGACCAGCUGGGGCAAACCGAAGGUCCUGGAAACUGGCUGGACAAUCUUCUGCACCAUUUCACGAUAAUGCACCCAAAAUAA